UUUCCAUGAAAGGUAUAGCACAUAAAUGUAAAACAUCAAAACCUACAAAAGAGUCAACUAUUUCUUUGUAAAUUGUUAAGUCAUCCUUCAGCCAAAUGUGCUACGUAUAUGAGAUCAGUGUAAACCGAGCUUGCUCCUGAAUCACCUCAAGUACUAUUCCCCGUGCAACACGUUUAAACAAGGUCAGGCCAAAGUUUUAAAUUCUUUGACGAGAGAGGCCAAAAAACCAAAAAUGGAAAUUGAAGAAUUCCCCUCAGAAGAACAUCAUCAGGUCCUAGACCCUCUCAUUGCCAGCAGUUCCACCUCCAUUUUGGACCCAUUUGUUCUUUCGUUCAACAACUUAUCUUAUGAUGUCAAAGUUGGCUCCAAAACAGGGUUCCCCUUUUUUGGGAAGAACACAAAUGUGUCCUCAGAAAAUAACACAAAGAAAUUGCUCAAAGAUAUCUCAGGUGAAGCAAGAGAAGGCGAAAUCAUGGCGAUUCUAGGUGCAAGUGGGUCGGGUAAAUCUACCCUGAUAGAUGCACUUGCAAACAGGAUUGCAAAGCAUAGCCUGAAGGGGUCAAUCACUUUGAAUGGGGAAGUUUUGGAUUCAAGCCUCUUGAAGGUUAUUUCUGCUUAUGUUAUGCAGGAUGAUCUUUUGUUUCCAAUGUUAACAGUAGAAGAGACUCUCAUGUUUUCAGCCGAGUUCAGGCUUCCUCGUUCACUUUCAAAGUCAAAGAAGAAAGAAAGGGUGCAAGCUCUGAUUGAUCAACUAGGAUUGAGAAGUGCAGCAAAGACUGUGAUUGGAGAUGAAGGGCAUAGAGGUGUCUCUGGAGGAGAACGCAGGCGAGUUUCCAUUGGAAUUGAUAUAAUUCAUGAUCCAAUACUCUUGUUUCUCGAUGAACCAACUUCUGGGCUAGACUCAACCAGUGCAUUCACGGUUGUUAAGGUCUUGCAACAAAUUGCACAGACUGGAAGCAUUGUGAUCAUGUCCAUUCAUCAACCAAGUUCCAGGAUUUUGGGCUUACUCGAUCGCUUGAUAGUAUUGUCACAUGGACAAACAUUGUACAGUGGUUCACCGGCAACUCUCCCACAAUUCUUCAGUAAUUUCGGGCAUCCAAUUCCUAAAAACGAAAAUCCGUCCGAGUUUGCUCUCGAUUUUAUCUUCGAACUCGAAGGAACUCCUUCUGGUACCCAAAAUUUAGUUGAAUUCAACAAGUCCUGGCAAGAAUUAACGAAUGUUAAUGAAAAUAUUGUUUCCAACAGGCCAAAUCUUGCACUUAAAGAUGCAAUAAGCAGGAGCAUUUCUCGAGGAAAGCUAGUCUCUGGUGCCACUGCCACAGGUGAUUAUGUCAAUGAUUCAUCUUCAAUUCCAUCUUUUGCUAAUCCAAUUUGGAUUGAAAUGCUGGUAUUGUCCAAAAGGUUAUUAACAAAUUCAAGAAGAAUGCCAGCGAAGUUUGCUGUCCGCUUAGGUACAAUAAUGGUCACUGGGAUUGUUCUAGCCACCAUGUUUUGGCAACUUGAGAAUUCCCCCAGUGGUGUACAAGAGCGACUAGGAUGUAUAGCUAUUUCCAUAGCCACAAUCUUCUUUAACUGUAUAACCGAAGUCCCUACUUUCAUUCAAGAACGAUACAUUUUCAUGAGGGAAACUGCUUACAAUGCUUACCGCCGUUCUUCGUACGUUCUUGCCCGAUCUCUAAUCCACAUCCCAUUAUUGUACAUCCUCUCCCUCUCUUUUUCUGUGAUAACCUUUUGGGCUGUUGGCCUUGCUGGUGGAGUCUCCGGAUAUUUGUUCUUUUUCUUCACAAUCUUUGCCUCGUUUUGGGCUGGAAGUUCAUUUGCAGCAUUUCUUUCAGGGCUUAUCCCUGAUGUGUUUCUUGCCUUUGUUACUGGCAUUGCCAUAGUCUCCUACUUUCUUUUCCUAUGUGGAUUCCUUAUUUCUCGUGAUCGACUACCGAAAUAUUGGUUAUGGCUGCAUUAUACGUCUUUGGUUAAAUAUCCAUAUGAAGCUCUUUUACAAAAUGAAUUCCUUGAUCCAACAAAAUGCUUUGCUCGGGGUGUACAACUCUUUGAUCAAUCAGCACUUGGGACACUGCCAACGUCGAUGAAGAAUGAUCUAUUAGCGAGCAUGGGAAAUGUUUUGGGCAGGAACAUUACUAGUUCAACCUGUUUAACAACAGGGAAGGAUGUACUACUGCAACAAGGAAUCACUGAGUUAAACAAAUGGAACUGCGUUUGUGUUAUUAUAGCAUGGGGCUUUUUCUUUAGGAUUCUGUUCUACUUAACUUUGUUGUUUGGGAGCAAGAACAAGAGGAAGUAAAAAUUCAUGUAAGAAUGUAUUGACCAUCU